GAUGGUCGGACCGACAAAGGCACAGCUGGCCGCGAGAAAGGGGUUGACAUUCAAACUUCCCAAGUUCUCUGGAAAACCAGCACAAUGGCCAUUGUUCUACGCGGCCUACAAAACUUCGAACGAAGCCUGUGGCUACAUGGACCACGAGAACUUAAUGCGACUGCAGGAAUCCCUCGAAGGCGAUGCUCUUGAGCUGGUGUCCGGUCAACUGCUUCUUCCCGAGUCGAUUCCGAGGGUCAUCGAGAAGCUGCGUCGGCACUAUGGUCGUCCGGAACAACUGCUCCAGAAUCUACUGGACAAAGUUAAUCAUUUGGAGCCUCCAAAGCCAGACAACCUGAGGAGUUUCGUUCCUUUCGGAAAUACCGUAGAACAACUCUGCGGACAUUUGGAGGCCGCAGAACUACGGCAACACCUCGUCAAUCCACUGUUGAUUAAAUCUCUGGUUGCCAAGCUUCCGGACCGUGAAAAGCGUGAAUGGGUUCAUUACCGGAGAAACAAAGGAGAACAAACGCUGCGAACGCUGACGGAUUUUCUCAUGGAGAUAGUCGAGGACGCCUGUGAGGCAAACGUCGACGUGGAUUUCAAGCCGGCGUAUCAGCUCAAAGGUGGACCAUCGUCCGGAAAGAAGAAACCGAAGGAAAAGGGUGCGUUGUACUGCCAUAGUGGAGAAAAUAGUCCAGGUGCAAGUUCGAGCGACCGGAAGAGAUUAAAGCCGUGUAAUCUAUGUCAAAGCAUGGAACAUCGUCUUCGGCACUGUGCGGACUUUAAGAAGCUGUCGUACACGAACCGACUUAAGCUAGCGACCCGCGAUAAACUAUGUCACGUGUGCCUCAACGAGCAUGGUGGUUUAUGUAGGUUCAGGAUUUUCUGCAACAUCGGCGAUUGUAAGGAGCACCACAAUCCGCUGAUGCAUCCUGUGCGGCACACUUUCGGAAUGAGUGCACAUAUUCGUUCGAACUGUACUGCCAUGUUCCGUAUGGUACCGGUACAGCUUCACUGUGGUGGAAAAUCGAUCACGGUCCUGGCGUUCCUGGAUGAAGGUGCCUCCGUCACGUUGUUGGAGAAGAAACUCGCUGACCGGCUGGGCGUCGUUGGCGUACAAGAGCGGCUGACGAUCAAGUGGACGGCUGAUAUCACGCGCGAAGAGAAGGACUCCCGGCGAAUGAAUCUGUGGGCGUCUGGUGUUAGUCCCGAUGCGGGUGAAAAGUUGCUGCUGCAUAGUGUUCGUACGGUUGGAAAACUGAUGCUGCCACGUCAGAGGUUGGAUUACCAGGAGCUUGCCACACAAUACCAACACAUGCGAGGAUUGUCAAUCGAGUCAUACGACGGACAGCCGGAACUGCUCAUCGGACUAAAUAACAUCCAUUCGUUUGCACCGAUGGAGGCGAAGGUUGGUGCACCAGUGGAACCAAUUGCGGUUCGAUGCAAGUUUGGGUGGACGGUAUACGGUCCAAGGCACUUCGCCACGGUUGCAGCAGGUAAUUAUUUCGGUUACCACCAAGCGAUCACCAACGAGGACCUGCACGAACUGCUCAAAAGCCACUACGCUUUGGAGGAAUCGGUGGUUAUGGUACCACAAGAGUCAACAGAAGAGAAACGAGCACGGGAAAUACUUGAGCGGACUACCAAACGUGUCGGCGACCGCUUCGAAACUGGGCUACUGUGGAAGACAGAUGAUCCAAAGUUCCCGGUCAGUUUUCCCAUGGCCGUGAGAAGAAUGAAGCAACUGGAGAAACGACUACAAAAGAAUCCGGAGCUGCACGAAAACGUCUGCAAGCAGAUUGACGAGUACCAGGAAAAAGGGUACGCGCAUCUGGCUACCGAGGACGAGCUGGCUGGAACUCCCCCCGACGAGGUCUGGUAUCUCCCACUAAGUGUCGUACAAAACCCGAAAAAGCCAGGUAAGAUACGUCUAGUAUGGGAUGCUGCAGCGACAGUGCAAGGAGUUUCUCUGAAUUCGCUGCUGUUGAAAGGGCCCGAUAUGCUAGUACCCCUGGUAAAAGUUCUUUUCGGUUUCCGCGAAUGGCGAAUCGCUUUCGGUGGAGACGUAAAGGAAAUGUUUCACCAGAUGAAGAUUCGCACCGAGGAUAAACAGAAGCAGAGGUUCGUCUUCAGGAAGACUCCGGACGUUUCACCGAGCAUUUAUGUCAUGGACGUGGCAACGUUUGGGUCUACAAGCUCCCCUUGUUCGGCCCAAUUCGUCAAAAACCGAAACGCUGAGGAACUCGCCGCUCAAUAUCCUGCAGCAGCCGCAGCCAUCAUAAACCGGCACUAUGUCGACGAUUAUUUCGACAGCGUCGAUACGGUGGAAGAAGCAGUCAAGCUGGCGCAAGAGGUGCGCUUGGUACAUCGGAAAGCCGGUUUCGAGAUCCGGAACUGGGUGUCCAACUCGCCAAAAGUUAUUCGGAGUCUGGGAGAGACGAAACCAGCCGCACCGGUGCACUUCAACCGGGACUAG